AUGGAGAUGAGUGAUGCAAACGAUCACUAUAUAGACUUCGUGUUUUCUCAAGAUCCCAUUAAGGGACGUAAGCUCACUUGGUUGAGUCUCGGCAGGUGCAAUGUAUCGACAGAUAACACAGAGCUGAGUGCCGGUGUAUUAGAAGUCAAGAAUUUGCCGUACAGCGUAGAUAUCCCUUGCAAAAGUCGGUUUAUGUAUACCGUCGAAUUUCAGGAAUGCUUUAACGAUGGUGGUAUAACUCGUACAGCGACCGAAGACGGUAGCUAUUGGUUGUACACGGGGUCAUUUACCUACGGAUUUGAGAGUCCAAUCGGAGGCUUUGAGUAUGAUACACGCUCAGCAAACUUCGAUAAGGCAUUUGCAUUCCAGAUUCCCCGUCAGGUGGAGGUAACACUCGACAACUUUGAUUCUCGUGUGUUCGCUCACGACUACUAUGUUUCACCUGUGAUAACGGUAGAAAACGUGGUGUAUGGUGAAGGUGCACAAGGUACCUCGACGAUUACACUAAAAUCAGUCAUCAAGGCCCCUUUCACCAUUUCAAUGACGCCAGAACACACUCCCACCGGCAAGCUGGACAGUGCGCUUAACACUCGAAAUGUGCCUUCCGUGAUGACCGUAGAUGUGGAGUGCACAGGGAACAGAUGGGGUGAUGCAGAUUGUACUCAGAUAUUGACAUUCACAGUUUCCCACAAUGGGCACUGCACUCUCGACGGUUUGUAUCUCUUUGAAGAUGUUCCUAUUCGUUGCCAGGAGGGCCAGGAAGCAAACUGCCCCUCCUCAUUCAUCACGAAUUGGGCCAUCACAUUGGAUUCACCUGUACUGUGUACUAGUAAGGCAGUUGCAGAAACUUUAAAGGGUGAGGCAGUGUCUUUUCAAAUGGGAUUCUUCUCGCAGAAUGUGGCAGGUGAUGGGAUGGAUGCUGGAGCCAUAGUGGAUGUCACUCCCUCUGUGGUGUUUUCGCCGAAUGAGAUUAUUUUACUUGAGUUCGGAAUGACAUCCGCCGGCGGGUGGCAAAUGUCAGGUCUGAAAUCGCUGACGAGGAGGAUAAAGGAAUGCAGCAGGCCUCGCUUGGUGGUAACGAACGCUUUGAAAAACUGGACUCUGGUCGAAACCAAGACAAAGUUCAGAGGGUUCUUGGAGCUUAAUGACGACGUCACUUGUAGCAAACCAGAUGUGACCGUCACCCUCAUUUUCCAGUUCGGGUUCAAAAAGCUGGUCCGUAGGAGACGUGCGAACGGAGGAUGGGAAGAGCAAAUCAUUGAGGUUGAUGUCGAUGUACCAGCCCAUGCCAGACCAGAUUCAGAUGCGAUGAAGCGACUUUUGAGGCAGCUACUGAAAGCAGAGGACGACUGGGUGAAUGAUAUCUUUCCAAAUAGAAGAGCGGGUCUCUGGGAUGACUAUCACAGCGGAAAUAUCAAUUACGCGGCGGUAUACGAAGAGUUUGUCGACCCCAGGAAAGAAAUUGCGAAUAUGUGCGCAGAUCCUGAGUUGCUACCGGGCAGAGUAUCGAGUAUUGGAGUACGUGCAAUACACAGAGGUAGAAGAGACGGCGAGGAGGGAGGUGGUGGUUCUAUGCCUCUAGAUGUUGGAAAUGGGACUGAAACUCCCGAAGGAGGAAUGGCAUUGCCAGUACCUGUAGUAGGGGAGAUAGCCAUCACAGGUUUCCAAAAGGGACUGACAAAUCUUGGAAUCUCGACCAUCACCUUCAAAAGCGUUCUUCAAGGCCCGUACUACAUAAACACUACACUCGAUUGGGUUGGUGAACUCUUUGAUCACUGGGAUGAAGGUGUGACGGGAUACCAGCCAAACGUAGAGGCCGCGGUAAUUACCCCAACAACCUGUUCUGGCAACACAACGUGCGUGCAAACUUGGACCGUUGAUCUGUCCCAUGAGCAAACUUGCCAACUUCAGGGUAGAUAUAAGUACUUGGAUAUGGCCACUGCCUGUCAAGAUUCCAUGCCAGUGGGCACUGACUGCACGUUGCUUAAUUUUUUCUCGUUCGAGUUCAAUAUUACGGACAUUAACGUGUGUGAUCAGUACGAAACCUUCAUCGAUGGCGUGUACGUUAUGUCGGUCACAGCUGACCGAGACGCAGUCGUGUACGGCGAUACGAUAGGAUUGACUAUAGCACUCACAGAGGAUCAAGGAGGUCUUGGAGCUGUAGUCGAUUCUAUAACCCUCCAAGCUGUCACAAGUACUGUAGCAGGCUGUCAGGCAGAUGUGAAUGUGCUCGCUAAUGCUGGCAUCUCCCACUUUCCUGGCGAACUGACAGCAGCCGUGGGUCUCUUGUUUGACAAUUUGGUGGCGUGCGAGGAUCCCGGUCUAGGAGAAUCCAAUGAGGCAUCAAUCGUCUUUACAAUCGAUGUUGAUUAUAGCUUCAACAGUGCCAGGAGGAGGCGAAGAACAACCACUGGAACUGGGGAGAUAAAGCAGGAUUUCAAAGUGGAGGGCGUGGCCAGCGCCAACACCGCCGAUGAAACUGAGGAGUCCGAUGAUGGUAGUGGUGCAUGCGCGAGUAAUUCGAGAUAUGGGGUUAUCAUGAUUACAUCUCUUGCCACGUUGAUGGCAACGUGGUUUUUAUAG